AUGUACACCGUAAACACCAUUGAUCUAUGCAAGGCGCUCACUCAACAGUACAAAUACGCGGUUUUUUUUUUCCACGACUCGAGAAAAGUAGAAACGCUCAAGUAUAAAGAAGAACUUUUAAAACUCCUGCCUCAUCUCAUCAAAGGUCCAGAAUACACGUGUGCGCAGUUUGACCUCAAGAAUGUGGAGGUUCCCAAGGAAAGUUUUGGGUUUGUGGCUGACAAGGGCGUCUUGUUUUACCGUGACGGCGUCUAUGUGACUUACAUGGAUGGAUUAAACGAAGAAAUGUUCAAGCUGAUGUACACAAAUAUGCCAUCGCUGGGAUUGUUGAAUUUAGCUGAGGCUUAUAGAAACAAUUACGGUAUUAGGCCUACGCCUGUUCCUCCCGCUCCAGCAGCAGCUCCGCCAACAGCAGCUCUGCCAGCCAAUUCGUCAGGAAACAUAAUUAUAACCAGCACUACUCAAAAUGGAGUAGUGACUUUUACUGUCAAAAAGGACGGAAACAUAUCAACAAUUACAUUUUAG